AGCACAGUCUGUCUGCAAUGCUGGCGCAGACUCGGGCGGGCGCCCAUGCCCUCGCGACAGGCCUUUUCCACGGCGCCGGCGAUAGGCAAGGGUAGGAAUUCCUUCGGCAAGGACUACUUCUGGGCGAACUCGGUGCUGCAAGAGACGUUGGGGCGGUCGCGGCAGGCGCUGCAAAGCGGGCGGCACAAGAGGAGCAAAGAGCAGGAAGCGUAUCCCAUUGCGCACGAUGCCUCGGCGACGCUGGCGAACAUGUCGUCGAGCUUGCCGCAGCGGUCGCUCAAGCGCGUCCUGACUACCUACCUGUCGCUCUCGAAGCCGCGCCUCUCGUUCCUCGUCGUGCUCACUGCCACAGCUGCGUACUCGCUGUACCCGGUGCCUGGGCUGCUGGCGCCCGCAGCCACGGCCACGCCGUCCCUCUCCACCCUCACCCUGCUGUUCCUCACCUCGGGCACCGCCCUGUGCUCGGCGUCGGCGAAUGCCUUCAACAUGCUCAUGGAGCCCAAGUACGACGCCCAGAUGAGUCGCACGCGCAACCGCCCGCUCGUCCGCAAGCUCAUCACCACCCGCGCUGCCGUCGUUUUCGCCGUCGCCUGCGGAGUCGUGGGGACCGGCGCCCUCUACUACGGCGUCAACCCGACCACGGCCUUCCUCGGCGCCGCCAACAUCGUCCUCUACGCGGGCGUCUACACACCCAUGAAGCGCAUGUCGGUGCUUAACACCUGGGUCGGCGCAGUCGUUGGCGGCAUUCCCCCGCUCAUGGGCUGGACCGCUGCGGCCAGCCAGUACGCACACGACGGGACGUGGGAGGAGCUGCUGUUCGGCGAGGACUCUGCGGGCGGCUGGCUCUGCGCCGCGCUCCUCUUCACCUGGCAGUUCCCGCACUUCAACUCCCUCAGCUGGUCCAUACGUUCCGAGUACAAAAACGCCGGCUAUCGCAUGCUCGCGUGGGUGAACCCCGCGCAGAACGGGCGUGUGGCGCUUCGCUAUGCCGUGUUGAUGUUCCCCGUCUGCAUUGGCCUGAGCUACUGCGGUGUUACGGAUUGGAGCUUUGUGCUCACGAGCUCGGCGGUCAACGGCUGGAUGGUGGUCAGGGCGUGGCGGUUCUGGAAAGCAGAGGGGCACAAGGGGACGGCGAGAGGGCUGUUUUGGGCGAGCGUCUGGCAUCUGCCUAUCGUCAUGGUGCUUGCUAUGGCGCAGAAGAAGGGGCUUAUGGAGAGGCUGUACACGAGUUUAUUCGGCUAUGGAUAUGUCGAUGAGGAGGAUCUGUACUAUGAG